AUGCAGCGUUAUAGGGCUAUGCUGUUGAUGUAUCGUGACCAGAGUAAAGCUAUUGAGGCAAGGCACCAGGAGGAAGUCAAUAAGGUUCGCAUUGAGGCGAAACUUGAAUUCCUUGAAGAAUUCCUUGAAGAAUGUGAAGAAGAUGAAAGAGUUCGAGCUGGUCCUUGCCGAAGCCAAGCUUCAAGUUGUUCAGAUUCUGCUGUUUUAAGAAGUUUAAGGUCUGAUCUAUGA